CCAUAUUCAUUACUAUUAAUUUAUUCUCUCCUUCAAACAAAACAAAAGGAAUCAUUCAAUUUAGAAUUUUUUGCUGCUAUCUCAAAUAUACAUGGCAUCAUCCAGUUCUCAGAGAACCCCAGCGGAUUCUUCAGACGAAGAGGUAAAUGUGUAUUUGAAGGUCAUGAAGACUGUGGCCUUAAAAGUUAAGAAAUCAGAUACAAUUAAAAACCUCAAAGCUCUCAUACGUGAGAAGGAAGGAAUUUCUGAAUAUAUUCAGGGCAUCUUCUUUGCUGGCAAUCGGCUCGAGGAUGGCCAAAGGCUUAUUGAUCAUGGUAUUCAGAAGGACUCCACUCUUCAUCUUAUUCUCCUGAAUCUUAAAGGAAUGAAGUUAUAUGUUGAAAUACCAUCAAAACAGAAAACUAUAGAGGUGGAAGCAAUGGCUCAUUACACUGUAAAAACCAUCAAAUCAUUGAUUCAGAUGGAGGAGCAGAUUCAAUCAGAUGACUUCGCCCUUGUCUAUGAUGGAAAUUUACUUGAAGAGGAUAUGACUCUAUCCUCUCUCCAUAUGAAGAACGAAUCGACUCUUCAUUUGGCCUUGCGCAAGAAACAUGUGCUCUCAAUUGCUGUGAAAACAACUUCUGGAGAUGUUGUGAACCUCAAAGUUGAAUCAUUGUUCACAGUUGGUGAUGUAAAAGCAAUACUUGGAAGUAUGAUAGGUGUUCCAACCAGCAAUCAGGUUAUGAUGUAUGCUGGAAGGAAGCUUGAGGAUCAAAAGACCUUAGCUUGUUAUGGCAUCAAAGACCAAUCCAUCUUGGAGAUGUUUUUUCCUUCAUUUCAGAUAUUUGUUAAAAGUUGGAGCGGGAAAACGAUCACACUUGAUGUGCAGCUAUGUGAAACAAUCAAAGAUGUGAUGUGCAAGCUUUGUAACAAACUGCAGAUUCCACAUCAUCUUAAAAUUAUUAUUGUAUACGCUGGAAAACGGCUUGUGGAAGACCGGGAUCUUGCGAGCUACAAUAUACAAAAGCACUACACUCUCCACAUGCUUUAUGCUCCCUCAUCUAGUAUAUUGAAUGUGAAAUUAACUUCAAUAAAUCCUGUUUUAUCAGAAUCUGCCACCAUUUCUUAUGUGAAGAGAAUGGCUCAAGUUCAAUACGAAGCUCCGGUAAUUGAAGUAUUAUACCAGCAAGUGCCAUUAGAAGAUGCUCGUACACUAGCUGACUAUGGUAUUGAUUUAAACUCAGAAGUGACUUUUGUAUUUAACUGGCAUUAAACCACUUUAGUAACUAUACAUUGUUGCUGACUAUUUUGGAUGUGAAACACAUAAGAUACUUGAAGGGAAAGGUAUUUUAGGUCCAUUUUCUUUUACCUUCUUUCUUUUGGAUGUUUCUAUGUUUUGAUGCCUCAACAUAGAGCGAGUAAAUGUAAACUGUGCAUACUAUUUACCUAUCUUGGAUUUAAUAUUUUGGCUUGCGUUAUUGACUUG